AUGAAGCAUCAGCGGAUGCUGAUGCUUCAGCAUCCGCUGAUGAGCAGUGCUCCCGGAAUCUUCCAAGUGCUAAUGGAUGGGCUCCUCAAGAACAUUCCUGGAGUAGUUCCAUACUUCGACGACAUACUUACCGCUGCUGCGACUCAAAAGGAACUUGCAUCGCGUCUUCGCGAGGUGCUUCAGCGAUUCAAGGACGCCGGCCUGCGGGUCAAGAAACAAAAAUGCGUUAUUAAUGUGCCGGAAGUCGAAUUUCUGGGCUUUCGUGUAAGUGCUGCCGGUAUUCUUCCCACGGGUAGGAAAGUCUCUGCUAUCCACGAGGCACCACCUCCCAAGAAUAAGCAAGAGGUACAAGCGUUUCUUGGCCUGCUCAAUUUCUAUCACAGCUUUUUGAAGGGUAAGGCCACAGUUGCCGAGCCCCUUCACCGUCUUCUGGACGCAAAGGCAGUGUGGGCCUGGGGAACGAGGCAGCAAAAGGCAUUUGACGCACUGAAGAGCCUCCUCUCCUCAGACAGAAUCCUGACACACUACGACCCAACUAAACCUGUGGUUUUAACAUGCGACGCAAGCCCUGCGGGCAUUGGGGCAGUGCUUAGCCACAGACUAGAAGACUCCAGGGAGGUGCCCAUUGCAUUUUACUCGCGCACAUUAUCAGAGCCAGAGCGCAACUAUGCGCAGAUUGAUCUUGAAUUACUGGCCGUAGUUUCAAGCGUGAAGAAAUUUCACGACUAUCUCUAUGGGCGCGAGUUCGUGAUUGUAACAGACCACAAGCCCCUCCUGGGAAUUUUCGCAUCGGACAAGGUAACCCCGCCCAUCCUGUCACCUCAAACGCUCCGGUGGUCCGUACUUUUGAAUGCGUACAGCUACACACUGGUCCAUCGUCCGGGGAAGGAGGUUGCCAACGCUGAUGCGCUAAGCAAACUGCCUUCGCCUGCGACUGUAUGCGCACCGCCACCAUUACUCGAAGUCUUCAUGCUGGAGUUGACCACGAAGCAUCUUCUGCAGGCCACAGACAUUGCUGUUUUGACGCGGCGGGACCCUGUGCUGUCUCGUGUUCUCAGCUGGGCUCUUAGCGGUUGGCCUUCAGAGCGUCUGGGUGGCGAGUUUCAGGCCUAUGAGCAGAGACAGCACGAGACCUCAGUGUACAAGGGGUGCGUCCUAUGGGAAAACAGAGUUGUGAUCCCUACAGGUGCUCGAGCUCAGGUCCUGGAGGCAUUGCAUAGUGCGCAUCCAGGGAUUGUCCGUAUGAAGGCCCUCGGUCGCAGUUAUGUGUGGCGGCCGAAAAUGGACGCCGACGUUGAGCACAAGGUGAACGUGUGCGGCACAUGCCAGGCAUCAAGACCAGAUCCCCCUGAGGCCCCUGUGCACCACUGGGAGAGAACAAGGACACCGUGGUCACGCCUCCACGUAGAUUUCGCUGGGCCAUUUCAAGGGCAAGUUUUCUUUAUUGUUGUGGACUCUUUCUCCAAUUGGCUGGAGGUGGUUCCACUGUCAUCCAUGACCAGUUUCACUGUCAUAAGGUGUCUGCGCCGCCUCUUUGCGACUCACGGACUACCUGACAUUAUUGUAUCGGACAAUACAGCACAGUUCGUGCCUGACGAGUUUCGACAGUUCUUAGCGGGCGGCCUGAUUCACCCCGUGACAUCUGUCCCUUUUCAUCCAGCAACCAAUGGGCAGGCAGAGCGCAUGGUCAGAACAACUAAGGACUCUUUGCAACGGAUCAUCCAAGGCGACUGGGACCGACGUCUCACGAGUUUCCUGCUCCAGCAGCAUGUCACUCCAUGCACUAGUACAGGAAGGAGUCCUGCAGAGCUACUUUUCAAUCGCCGUCCCAAGACACUUCUAGACAGACUGCACCCCGACAGGAUGAGAGACGACCAGGGCCAGACCGUCUACACACGUCUACCAGCGCGCAGUUUUGCGCCUGGGGACGCAGUGUAUGUGCGAAACUACGCUCCUAGACCACGCUGGGUUCCUGCAAGUGUUGCUGAGGUGGUGGGGCCAUUGUCAUACCAGGUUCACACACCUGACGGCCGGGAACUGCGGCGACGUGUGAACCAGAUGCGGCGACGCCAUGCGGACUCCGAGCUUGCUGAGCAGCCACAGGCCAGCAACUCCGCCAGGCCGAAAGACUCUCGCAUUUACACAGAUCAAACGGGCUCUCGGAGAUCUUUUCGCCAUGUCAGGCGACCAGUUUACUUAGAUGACUUCCUCUGA